AAAAAAGAUAAAUACUUCUUGAAAGGGAAUGGUGAAGAAGCAAGACAGGAAAGACUAAAAUUACAAUAAAUCAAAUUGUUUCCUAUUUAGCAGUUCACCUCUGCUUACUGCUCUACCAACAUUUGGCAAAAAAUCUGUUGAUUUAAUUCGGAGUCAUCCCAAAGUUUAUCGAGCCAUCUGCUAUCAGGUGGCAGAGCUCAUGUUCGCAGCUAGCGUUAUAACCUGCUCAAUAUAUGUGAAGUCACAAGCGUUAACACAUAUGGCUCGACGCAUAGAAAAACUUCAUACAGAAAAUGAAUUUCUUGAAAAGCUCACUUCGAGCAUGGAAGCCUCGAUGAGAAUGUACGGUCUCGUUCCAUUCAUUGGUGGUAUCGUUAUUGCAGCAAUCAAUGUACUGUUAAUCCAACAGUGCUUCCAGUAUGGCAUCAAUAUCAGAAGCAAUCUUUGCGGAAUAGCAGCUAUAAUUACGAUGACCCUUAUAAUCUUUUCCGGAAGUGCUCUUGUGCUUCUGGACAUUUCGCAUUACCCGAACGACAGCGCAGGUGUUAGCAAGGAUAACAUCUAUCUAUUAAUGCACUUCGUGAAAGUAGCAAUUGAUGAAGGAGACCCAGUCUUAAACAACAUCGUUCACACUCUUCAUGAACAGGGUUGUUUGUACGUGCAGCAGUACGUUGUGCUACUUUGCGCAAAUCGAGCAGAAUACGCCGCAAUCUUCUUGAUGCCUGGAUCGCAGAAAGCCUAA